AUUUAUAUUGAUGAUUUUAUUAGUGUUGAUGAGGAAAAGGAACUAUUGAGGAACAUAUACAGUGAUGAUAAUAAAGAUAAAUGGACCCAGUUAAAGAGAAGAAGAUUGCAAAAUUGGGGUGGUCAACCUGUUUCAAGUGGUAUGAUUGAAGAACCUUUACCAAGUUGGUUAACAAAUAUAUGUGAUAAGAUAUACGAAAAUUCAAUAUUCCCAGUUAAAGCAAAUAAUGUUCUUUUAAAUGAAUACAAUGUAAAUGAAGGUAUAUUUCCACAUACUGAUGGCCCAUUGUUUUAUCCUUGUAUUUGUAUAUUAAGU